UUUGGGCGAAAGGGAUCUUGGGAAACGGAGUCCGUUGCGCGUUUUCUAAAUUCGAUCAACUCGCAUUCUGUUUCCCGCUGUCCUUUCGGAGAACCUAGCACGACGUUAUAACUUCCCAGUUGCCGUUUAAACGAAGGCACCCCAGUUUUGUAAUUUGCCGCAUUCUUUCCCUCUUUUUUCAGUUUUAUGUACUGGCGGCCACCACGUUCCCUCCCCCUUACGUCCAAUAAAGACCAAGACGGAGUUGAGAAGCAAACAGCAACGCGAGUGGCACCGAACCCAGAGUGGCUGACCGAGCGUGCGAAGCUUCCUUUCGAAAAGGUGUGGGAGGAGAAAGGAGCCAUCAUGUCGAAGGGUGAGUCGGAGGAGUUGAUUGAGAUUGAAAUUGAUGGCCAAGAGAAGCAGGACUGUCUAGAGGAAGGAAUUGUGGAGCAGACCAUUACAGCAGCUGAGUUCGUCACCCAGGCCAUCGACAUCAAUGAGCCAAUUGGCAACUUGAAAAAGCUGCUGGAGCCUCGCCUUCAGUGCUCAUUGGAAGGUCAUGAGAUCUGUUUGCAGGACAUUCAGCUGGAUCCCGACCACAGCCUUUUUGACCAGGGUGUGAAGACUGACGGGACGGUUCAGCUGAGCGUGCAGGUUAUCUCCAGACAAGGUGUAGAGCCCAAGCUGAACAUUCUGGAGAUUGUGAAACCAGUCGAGACAGUCGAAGUAGUAAUCGACCCUGAUGCUCAUUCAGGGGUGGCGGAGGAAGCACAUCUUGUAGAGGAAGGGCAAGUCAUAACUCUGGAUGGCAAGCAUUUGACGGGGAACAUUAUUGCGGAUGAGACAUCGGAACAAGUGACACGCUGGGCUGCUGCUCUGGAGGGUUACCGCAAGGAGCAGGUCCGCUUGGGAAUUCCCUAUGAUCCAGUGCAAUGGACAGCAGAUCAGGUGAUUCACUGGGCAGUGUGGGUGAUAAAAGAGUUCAACAUGGUGGAGGUGGAUGUAGGUCGGAUUCACAUCCCGGGUAGAGAACUGUGCAGCUUCACCCAGGAUGAGUUUCUGCUGCGUGUUCCUCAUGGCGAGAUCCUAUGGAGUCACCUGGAGCUUCUGCGUAAAUAUGUCCUAGCAAGUCAGGAUCAAACCGGACAGAUAGCGACAGUCACCAUUGAUCAGCCUGUUCAGAUCAUACCAGCUACCAUCCAGCAGACGGCACCCACAACAAUCAAGGUGCUGAACAACAGUGUGAAGCAGAACAAGGUGCAGCGAGCGCCCCGCAUUUCAGGCAGCGAGGACCGGAGUUCUCCAGGAAACAGGACUGGUAAUAAUGGACAAAUCCAGCUUUGGCAGUUUUUGCUGGAGCUGCUAACAGACAAAGACUCCAGGGACUGUAUCUCAUGGGUGGGAGAUGAUGGCGAGUUCAAGCUAAACCAGCCUGAGCUCGUGGCACACAAGUGGGGCCAGCGGAAGAACAAGCCAACCAUGAACUAUGAAAAGCUGAGCCGAGCACUCAGGUAUUAUUACGAUGGCGAUAUGAUCUGUAAAGUCCAAGGCAAACGUUUUGUCUACAAGUUUGUGUGCGACCUGAAGACCCUCAUCGGCUACAGCGCAGCGGAGCUCAAUCACCUGGUGACGGAGUGCGAGCAGAAGAAGCUGGCACGCAUGCAACUGCACAGCCUGGGCCAGCCAAUGACGACUGUAACUCUGGCCGCUGCCUCCCUGCAGGGCGACAAGGACAGCAGCUGAGGAGAAAGGGGGGCACUGCAGGGCAAGUCAGGGUCGGGGUUAGCUGUAUAGAGGGCAGAAGGUGUGAAGGAGAGGCCUCAUUCCUGCACUGCUGAAGCCCAUUCCCAUUUGUAGAGAUGUUAAAGCCACUCGAUGCACUACCAGAGGCAGCAACCAAACCCAGAAUUCUCUCCCUGAUAAUGUUACAUGCGUGUGCUUUCUCUUUACUUCUCUUGGACACCACUCUUCCUCUUCCUCCUCCUCCUUUUUUUUGAUGUAGGCAUGUUCUGUAAUGCUGAAAAAAAGCCUUAAACCAAAAAAAAAAAA